AUGGUGAAUGGAGCAUUCUUCUUGGAUUAUGGGGAAGGUGGUGAGGUUAAAUACCAGAAUGCUUUCAGUGUUAAUCCCAAAUCUGCCGAUCAUUUCUCCGUUUUCACACAGCUGAUAAGGGCAUUUUCGUCUGACAAAAUUGUUCAUCCUUUCCCUCGCGGUUUUAAAGCUCCAACCAUGCACAUGUUACGUGGUGCUCUGCUAGAUAGUUGGGUUGAUGUGGUUCAUAAUCUUGUUGAGAGUUAUCGCAAAGUUUGGAAGCACACUACUGGAUGCACUAUUAUGGCAGAUCAUUGGACUGAUUGGUGUAGGCGAACUCUUAUUAAUUUUCUUGUUUAUUGUCCUAAAGGAACUAUUUUUUUGAAGUAUGUGGAUGCUUCUCAUGCUUCUAAAACUGCAGAUUUAUUAUUUCAGCUUUUCAAAGAUAUUGUGCUAUUUGUUGGGCCUGAAAAUGUUGUUCAAUUUGUGACUGAUAAUGCUGCCAAUUAUGUUGCUGACAUUGGCGAGUUAGAGGAAGUGGGUGAGGUUGUGGCACAUGCUUCAAAAAUUACGAAGUAUGUAUAUAACCAUUGUCAUCUGUUGCAUUUAAUGAGAAAAUUUACUAGAGGCAAAGAAAUUCUUCGACCAGAUCAAAUUCAUUUUGCCACAAAUUUCAUUGCUUUGCAAAGCAUAUUGGCUCAAAAAGACGCAUUAAUAGCAAUGGUAACAUCAAGAGAGUGGACAAUUUCGGCCUAUCCUAAGGAUGUCAAGGCUAAAAGAUUUGUUGAGCAAGUCUUAGAUUCUAGAUUUUGGAAAGAGUGUGCUGACAUUGUGAAAGUUACUGAGCCACUUGUGCGACUGUUAUGUCUUGUUGAUAGAUAUUUGUUAAAUCCAAGAUCUCAUUUCAAUUAUGAGGAGUUUCAAAAACAUGAAUUGACAACGUCUGGUCUUUUAGAUGUUAUUGAGAGGCAUGCAUAUCGAGAUGUGGAUUUGCAAUCCAAUUUAACGGCUACGAUGAGAAUAUUCAGAGAAGCUGAGUUUAAUUUUGGAAGGCAAGCAGCUAUUCGGGAACGAAAUACAGUUACGCCAGUUGAAUAA